UCUCUCCGUUUCUCUCUAGUCUUCUCUACAUCGGAGCAGCCAUGGAUCUUCUUCACAGCUCAAUUAUACUACUAAUCCUCUCAAUUCUAUCCCCAGCAACUCUCUCCAUGCGUUACGAACUUCUCUCAGGCCACACAAAAUGCAUCUCCGAGGAGAUUCACGCGAACGCAAUGUCCGUCGGGAAAUACAGCAUCGUAAACCCUAACGGAGACGAUGAUCAUCCUCUUCCCGAUUCACACAAGAUCACCGUCAGGGUGACGUCACCGCAAGGAACGUCCUAUCACGAAGCGGAUGGAGUGAGUAACGGACAGUUCUCGUUAACGGCUGUUGAAACGGGAGAUUACAUUACUUGUAUCUCAGCCGUUGAUCAUAAACCGGAGACGAUGUUGGUUAUUGAUUUUGAUUGGAGGUCUGGUAUUCAUACCAAGGAGUGGUCUAAUGUUGCUAAGAAGAGUCAAGUUGAAAUGAUGGAGUUUGAGGUUAAGAAGUUGUUUGACACUGUCACGUCUAUACAUGAUGAGAUGUUUUAUCUUCGGGAUAGGGAAGAGGAAAUGCAGGAACUGAACAGAUCUACUUACGCGAAGAUGGCAUGGUUGAGUUUGCUGUCUCUUGGAGUUUGUUUAUCGGUUGCUGGACUUCAGUUUUGGCACUUGAAGACUUUCUUCCAGAAGAAGAAGCUCAUCUGAAGACUCAAUAUCUUAAAACACUCUAUUUUACACGCAAACUAUAUUCACUUUUUUUGGUUAUGCAUUAACAUCUCAGUAACUCAAUCCAAUCAAAGGAACAACAAGAGCUUUUUUUGUUUUUGUUUUUAUGUCGCACGCUUUCUAGUCGUGAAAAGAGAAAAAAUAAACAAUCUUUACAAAAGAAAAGAAGCAUAGAAUAGGUGUAAUAAGCAAACAUAAUGUUUAUGAUCUCAUGUUUGAUUUGUUUGGUGUGUAUUUUAUGAAGUGAAUAAGCCCCAGUGGUGAUCUGAUGGUAGAGUUUCCUUUAUCUUUUCGAGUCUCUUGAGGAUGUCUAGAAACGAUGGUCUCUGGUUCAUGUCUGCUUCCCAGCAUUUCACU